UAAUGAUUGAGGGAGGAAAUUUUACCCCAACAACUUUGGAAGGAUUUUUGAAUAAUCUUAGAGAUUCUUGGAAGGUAGAGAAAAUAGCUGUUGGAGGUUCUUUGUUGGAUAAUUUGAUACAAAUGGAUACGAAUUGGGAUAUGUUGGGAUUAAAUUGCUUCAUCUACAGCUAG